AUGGGACUUACCAUCCCCGACGAAGAAUACAAUCUAUGCAUGAGCCUAGCAAGGCCGGGAUAUGCCGCACUAGGAUUGACGAACGACCUCUACUCAUGGGAUAAAGAACGAAAGGCAGCUGAGGAUAUGGGGCAGGACUACGUCUUCAAUGCAAUCUGGGUCAUCAUGAAAGAGAGUGCUAUCGGGGAGGAAGAGGCGAAAGAGGUUUGUCGACGUGAGAUUGUACAGAACAUCGACGAGUUCCGUGAUAUUGUGGCAAAGACAAAGGCCGACCUUAGUUUGUCUCGAGAUCUUCGCGCAUAUAUCGAGGCGGUCAUGUGGUCAUAUAUUGGAAACCUAGUAUGGAGCAUCUACUGUCCCAGGUAUAAGUGA